UGGUAGGGAGGCCAAGAGUUGGAAGCUGAGGGGCUGCUGCGGCCAGGAGCACCCCGCCCCUUUCCCCUCUCCUUUUGGUCUGCUCAUCCUAAACACCGCAGUUCUGUCCCAGGCUCUUGUAAGAUCAUGACAAGGUGUCAUGUGAUUCUCUGCAAGAGCUGCUGCUUGAGUGGAAAUGCUCUCAGUGGUGGAGAAUGGACUGGACGCCCGGGCUGCCAUCCCGGUCAUCAAGAAGAAGCUGGUGGGCUCCGUAAAGGCACUGCAGAAGCAGUAUGUGUCUUUGGAUACAGUAGUUACCAGCGAAGAUGGAGAUGCCAACACCAUGUGCAGCGCCCUGGAGGCUGUGUUUAUCCAUGGUCUGCACGCCAAGCACAUCCGAGCUGAGGUGGGAGCAAAGAGGAAGAAAAAUGCCCACCAGAAGCCCCUGCCUCAACCUGUGUUCUGGCCCCUUCUGAAAGCCAUCACCCACAAACACAUCAUCUCGGAGCUAGAACACCUGAUCUUUGUCAGUACAGAUGUGGGCCGCUGCCGGGCAUGGCUGAGACUGGCCCUCAACGACGGCUUGAUGGAGUGCUACUUGAAGCUGCUUCUGCAGGAGCAGGCCCGGCUGUGCGAGUACUACCAGCCCACAGCCCUGCUCCGUGAUGCUGAGGAGGGUGAGUUCCUCCUCAGCUUCCUGCAAGGACUGACAUCCUUGUCCUUCGAACUCUCCUACAAGUCUGCCAUCUUAAAUGAGUGGACACUGACCCCGCUGGCCCUCUCUGGCCUCUGCCCACUCUCUGAGCUUGACCCCCUCACUACCUCCGGUGCAGAACUCCAGCGGAAGGAGUCCCUGGACUCAAUUUCCCAUUCCUCGGGCUCAGAUGACAUCGAAGUACAGCAUUCAGGUCAUAAGAUUCGGCAGGACAGAAGGUUCACUGCCUCCACCCUCAGUCUGGACACAGCCACCUCAUCCCAGCUGUCUUGCAGCCUGAACUCUGACAGUUGCCUUCUCCAAGAGAAUGACUGCAAGAGCCCAGACCAUUCUGAGGAGCCCGUUUCAUAUGACUCAGACCUGGGCACAGCAAAUGCUGAAGAUUCAGACCCAUCUCUGCAAGAGGUGUUGUCGGAAUUCAGCAAAGCCCAGGUAAACUCUGUACCAACCAACCGACUGGGCCAGGAAGCAGACAGCCCUGCCCUGCAGCCCCCACCCUCCCUGGGUGGCCUGGACCCCAGCCCGCGGCUGCACCCUAUCAUGCCUGCAGAGCCCCACCCCACCCCAGCAUCCAUCAGGAUCCCUGGUGCUGGCUGCAAGCAGGAGUUGCUUUCACAGAUGUGUGCCACCCCAACCUUACAGCUGCAGGGUGAUGUCCAUGCUGCACCCUCAGGAGAUCGUUCCCACCAGCAGCCUCCUGGUCCUGAGAGAGAGCUGGCCUCAGCCGGCCAUCAAGGCAGUGGACAGCAGAAGCCAGUGAAGGAUGAAGAUGCUGGACUGAGCCUCGUGGUUCCCUCUCCCACCAGCCCGAAAAGCCGGAACUGGAUCUCAGAAGACGACUUCUACCGGCCUCCCCAGGAGCUGCCCACAGAGAGCCCUCCAGAUCACCCCACAGCUUUCUCCAGAGGGGCUGCAGAGGCCAGGCCUGGUCUUCACAGGCAUUUUUCUCAAGGUCCAAGAAAGAGCUGCUCCUUGGGGGCCUUAGACAAAGCGUGUGUGCUUUCCUCUGGGAGCCAGAAAAGCAAGGCAGCCAAGGUGCAGGAGCAUAAGAACUUCUGGGUGGUGCACCGCAGACAGAUGGGGCUAUCCAACCCAUUCCGGGGUCUCAUGAAGCUGGGCACGCUGGAGCGGCGGGGAGCCAUGGGCAUCUGGAAGGAGUUCUUCUGUGAGCUCUCCCCACUGGAGUUCCGCCUCUACCUGAGUGAUGAGGAACGCACCUGUUUGGAGAACUGCUCACUGCUGCGCUGUGAGUCCGUGGGACCGGCCCAUAGUGAUGGCCGCUUCGAGCUGGUCUUUUCUGGCAAGAAGCUCACCUUUCGUGCCCCCUCCAGGGAUGAAGCUGAAGACUGGCUGGACCGGGUACGGGAGGCCCUGCAGAAGUGCCGGCCCCAGCAGGAGGACGAGUGGGUGUAUAUCCAGUACCCAGAUGAGCCUGAGGACCCUCCAGAGGCCCCCCAGGGAGGUGCCCCUCUCCACUCACACCUGCGUCCAGAGCCCGAGACACUCCAGGGCACGCCAUUAGACUGGUCCUCUGCCCAUGUCCCUGAGCAGGACGCCAUAAAAGAAUCUCUCCUGUACCUGUAUACAGACAAAACCUGGGUGCCCUAUAUUUUCUCCCUGUCAUUGGAAUCUCUGAAGUGUUUCCGAGUGAAGAACAAUGAGAAGAUGUUAAGUGACAGCCACGGAGUGGAGACCAUUCGUGAUAUCCUGCCAGAUGCCAGUCUCGGGGGCCCAGCCUUCUUCAAAAUCAUCACGGCCAAGGCUGUCCUGAAGUUGCAGGCCAGGAAUGCCAAAGAAGCAACACUCUGGAGAGACUUGGUGCGCAAGGUUUUAGCAUCCUACCUGGAGACAGCAGAGGAGGCUAUGACACUAGGUGGAAGUCUGGAUGAAAACUGUCAGGAGGUGCUGAAGUUCGCCACACGGGAGAAUGGUUUCCUGCUACAGUACCUGGUGGCCAUCCCCACGGAGAAGGGCCUUGACUCCCAGGGCUGCUUCUGUGCAGGAUGCUCCCGGCAGAUAGGCUUCUCAUUUGUGCGACCCAAGCUCUGUGCCUUCUCUGGCCUAUAUUACUGUGACAUCUGCCACCAAGAUGAUGCCUCAGUGAUUCCAGCCAGGAUCAUCCACAACUGGGAUCUCACCAAGAGGCCGAUCUGCCGGCAGGCCCUUAAGUUCCUGACGCAGAUCCGGGCACAGCCCCUCAUCAAUCUGCAGCUGGUGAACUCAUCCCUGUACGACCACGUGGAGCGCAUGCACCUUAUUGAGAGGAGCCGUGAGCAGCUGAAGCUUCUGGGGGAUUACCUGGGCCUGUGCCGAAGCGGGGCCCUGAAGGAGCUCAGCAAGAGGUUCAACCAUAGGAAUUAUCUCUUGGAGUCUCCCCACAAGUACAGUGUUGCUGACCUCCAGCAGAUUGCAGAAGGGGUGUAUGAAGGAUUCCUCAAGGCCCUGAUCGAGUUUGCCUCCCAGCACGUCUACCACUGUGACCUGUGCACCCAGCGUGGUUUCAUCUGCCAGAUCUGCCACCACCAUGACAUCAUCUUCCCCUUCGAGUUUGACACCACAGUCAGCCUACACAAGCCACCCAAGAAACCAGUCAUCCUCAGCUUGAGCAGAUGUGAGGAAACUGCUCAGCCCCAGCCUGUGGGUGGUAAGAAGGCCAGGCAGGCAGGCCACCAGUGGGACACAGCCCAUCAGCUGGGCCCCUGCCUUCCUUCACCCUCUGCAGGUGCUUGGAUAAUGUGCCAAAUCACCCCAGGACCAGCCACCCCACCUCCACUCCUUGACAUACCUUCCUCCCCUAAAAAGCCCAUAACCAUUCUUCCUGUCACAGCCCCUGGGGCCCUUCUUAAGCCUGCAACCUUGGUCCCUGUGGCAGAAAGGAUGGCUGAGAACCAGCACUGUCAGCACUUUUGAACCUUCCUUAUUCCAGGGAAGGGCCAUUAUCUUGCCCACCCUCAGCCCUGUGCCCUCCUGGCUCUGGCCUUAGACCCACAGCCAGGUGGGCAAGGUGUGGCUGCAGUCGCUCUGGGGAGAUGCACCCAUCCACCCACCUGACUGAGCAGUUGAGACAGAGCCCUGCUGGACCCCCAGAGGGUAGAAGUCCAGGUGAGGAGCCAGUAUGCCCACCAUGGCUAUCAGAUGCCACACUGGAGCUGUGAGCCCCUGGCCUUCCAUGAAGAGCUCUGCUGCUGAGAUGGACAGGGGAGUCGGGGAGAAGCCACUUGCUGGAAGGAUGCUCAGCCUGAGUUUACAAAGCCAUGAAUUCAUGACACUUUACCAGAUUGGCCCAGUAAGGGCACUGCCAGGGACUAGAAGAUGUGCUGGAGCACUAUCACCUUUAUAAAAAGGAGGGUGAAGCCUGGAAUUGUCUCCAAGGUGACAAUUAACUCUUAAGGUGUGGGAGGCACUCUGGAGGUGAUGUCUCCACUUUCUGUCUCUCCCCCCCCUCCACCGCCCCCGACACACACACACACCUUUCUGGACCCAGCAGGCCCUUCUCAGCCUGGAGUCGUCUGGCCAUCUUUUCCUGUGCUUAGUAUGGACUGGAGGCCUCAGGUGCAGAUGGCUUGUCACCAUCAAGAGAUGAGCCUCCUCCCACCUGUCCAUUGAGGUGAUUCUGCUGCUGAGUCACCUGCCCAGCCCUGUGGAACUGGGUAAAUUGUGCAAUAGAAUGGCGACAGUAGUAGGCAGGGAGGGAGAGGCCAUCUCACAGCUUCCCUAUGUACUGAGCACUCUGGAGCUGCCUCCUGGACAGGAAAGUGGAUCCUGUCCUCACCCCAGCCCCCAGCCCCAACCAGCAUUAAUGCUGCACUGCAAACAUGGCCUAGUCAGAUCCCCAUGUGGGCAGAAACCUGGCCUGGUAGGGGUAGCACCCCCUGAGCCCUGUUUUCCUGAGCUUGUGAGUCUACUGGAUUCCAGAGGUGCCCUAGGAGUCAGCAGGAGUGAGGCCCUGAGGAACCUACUGCCACUUUCCUGGAAAUUAUUAGCAUUAGUGCUGCCCCUCUCCCCAAACCAAAAAGCUGCUACUGCUUGCAGAUGAGUUGACUUCUGCCUGCCUCACCUCCAAUGGGAAGCUGAUAGUAACCUCAGUAUCUAUCUCCAUAAUGUCAUUUUAUGCAAUAAACUGUUUCUGGUAAGGGGCCCUGGCCCUGAGAAGUGCUUUACCAUGUAUUGAAGGAACUGCUGUGUGUGUGAUGUUUGAGUGAUAUUACAGUAAAGACCUAAUCUUUCUAA